AUGCAUGCAACGUGUAGCAGUCCCUUGGAUGAUGUACCUCCUGUUACAUUUUCACAAGAGGAGCCUCCCUCCUCAUCUCAGCCUUCACAAGAAAUGUCAACAAGUGAAGCACCUCCCCAGGAGGACAUUUCACCCACGUCCCAGCCUGAUAUUCUGGGCGAAACCUCCACGUCUCCCGCACUGCAGCCCGUCGAAUCACAUGAUCCUCAUUCGGCCGCUCCAAGUCCAUCUUUGCAGCAGCCUCCUCGAAAAAGCUAG